AUGAAGUUGUUUAAAUUACAGACUCUAAAAUCCUUCUGGACUCUGAAGCUUCCUAAUAGGACUUUCCAUGGACACCCCAGGCUGCUUGCCUCUGAUGUAUAUUCACAGUAUGAGUCCAUCAGGCGGGGUGAACAGGAAAUACCAAAGUACUUUAACUUUGCAAGUGAUGUACUGGACAAAUGGUCUGAGAUUGAAAAGGCUGGAAAGAGACCAUCAAACCCUGCCUUUUGGUGGAUAAAUGGAAAAGGAGAAGAAGUGAAGUGGAGCUUUGAAGAGCUGGGGUUCCUGUCUCGGAAAGUGGCUAAUGUGCUGACUAAAGUAUGUGGACUGCAGAAGGGGGACAGAGUUGUUAUGAUCCUGCCACGAGUCCCAGAAUGGUGGCUGGUGAAUGUGGCUUGCAUGCGAGCAGGAAUUGUCUUAAUUCCAGGAAUAUCCCAGUUAUCAGCCAAAGACAUAUUAUAUCGACUCCAGGCGUCAAAGGCCACAUGCAUCAUUACGGAUGACACACUGGCUCCUGCCGUGGACUCAGUGGCAUCUGAGUGUCAGUUUCUGAAAACCAAGCUAAUCGUGUCCAAAGGCAGUAGGGAGGGAUGGCUGAACUUCACUGACCUGUACAAAAACCAAUCUGCUGACCAUUCCUGCGUCAAAACAAGGAUUCAAGACUCAAUGACUAUCUUCUUUACCAGUGGAACGACAGGUUCUCCAAAGAUGACUGAACAUUCCCAGGGUAGUCUUGGUUUGAGACCCCUUUUAAGUGAAAGGUACUGGUUGGAUUUGACUCCCUCAGACGUCAUAUGGGGCACAGCAGACACAGGAUGGAUACUAAGUGCACUGGCAUGUGUUUUUGAUCCCUGGGCUUUUGGAUCAUGCAUCUUUAUACAUAAGCUACCACAGAUUGAAUCAGCAGCCAUCCUAAAUACUCUCUGCAGAUUUCCCAUUGACACGCUGAUUGGUGCUCCAACAUUGUUCCGCAUGCUGGUGCAAAAUGAUCUCUCCAACUACAAAUUCAUGAACCUGAAGCACUGCGUGAGUGGAGGGGAGCCACUCAACCCAGAAGUCAUGGAGCAGUGGAAAAGCAAGACUGGGCUGGACAUCCAUGAAGCAUAUGGCCAGACUGAAACGGGAGUAAUCUGCUCUGUUUUUAAAGGAAUUAAGAUUAAACCUGGAUCAAUGGGGAAAGCAGCUCCCCUUUAUGAUGUUCAGAUCAUAGACAAAAAUGGUAAUAUUCUGCCUCCAGGACACCAGGGGGAAAUUGCUAUCAGAAGCAAACCUAUAAGACCACUUGGUUUAUUCUCUGAAUAUGUAGAUAACCCGAAGAAAACCGCAGAAAGUGAACGUGGGGAUUUUUAUGUCACUGGAGACAAAGGGACUAUGGAUGAAGAUGGAUAUUUUCAGUUUAUUGGAAGAGAUGAUGACAUCAUCAUUUCUUCAGGGUAUCGCAUUGGGCCAUUUGAAGUAGAGAGUGCCCUGAUAGAGCACCCAGCAGUAGCAGAAACAGCUGUUGUCAGCAGCCCAGAUCCCCUCAGAGGAGAGGUUGUGAAAGCAUUUGUUGUCCUGUCCCCAACUUUUUCAUCCCAUGACCUGGAGAGCUUAACCUGUGACUUGCAGGAGCAUGUCAAGAAAACUACCGCUCCAUAUAAAUACCCUAGAAAGGUGGAAUUUGUCCAAGAGCUGCCAAAGACAGUCACUGGGAAGAUCAAGAGGAACGAAUUAAGAAACAAAGAGUGGGGACGGAUGUAG